ACGAUUAUUCGUUCGACUACAUCAUCUCGGACUUGCUCAUCUUUAAUGCAAACGUUUUGGGACAUUGUGACAAAGUGAUUUCAAUGCUCGAUGAACUUACGACUAUUUUCUUUAAGACUUGGAUCAGUUAAUCCCCUAGUUGGGUUAAAGAAAAACACAAGCUUUUCAACUUUAUUGCAAACAUCGCUUGUUUCACCUUUUGUGAUUUGGACUUUAACUACCCGAAAAGCGUGCUCCCAUAGAACUAAGUACAAAAUGGAUAAUGUUUACAUUCGACAUAAUGGUGACAGCCAGGAUCUCCACAUCAACUUUCGGUACACUAAUAAAGAAUUGCGAGUGGAUAGAGAUUUUAACUUUUGUCGUAAAUUAGAUGAAAAUAUAGACAAUGCUUUAACCCGGAUACGAAAUAAUAUAGAAAAGGAACUGAGUAAAAAGGUCAAAAAAAGCAAGAACAAGACAGCAACUCAGUUAAAUGAACCAUCAAUGCCUCACUAUGGCGAGAUUUCUGUAGAAAUUUUACGAUCGGACCUAAAUGAGAAAGUCGAAAAUAUGACAUUUUUAAAGCUCUUGGAUGAGAAGCUGAGUGGUUUGAAAAUGCGCAUCAUAGAUAAAGACUUUCAGAUACUAUUGAAUACGCCCUGGGUAUUAAAUCUAACCUUACCUUCAAGUAUACUGGCUGGCUUUAGAGUAUAUCCGAGCAAGGUAGAACUACAGUUUGCAAAUCGAAAGCAUAGUAUAGGGAAAUGGUAUAAGGCUAAAAUGCCACCAAGUGGGGACUUAGUGAGGGGCGCCGAUUGGAAACAUUGCGGCGAUGGAUUUCACUACGACACCACUAACGAUGAUAUAGAUUGCUUUCUGAAGUUUGAGCUAACGCCAGGCAAUGAAGGUGGCCAAUAUGGUCCUUCUGUUGAACAGUUUACUAAAAAGGAAAUACAAGCCGGACCCGGGCAAUGCCCGUUUGAAACGAGACACUGUUUUACCGAAAACAAAUCGAGCGGUGAUUGUUUUCGAGUUUUGUCGUAUAAUAUUCUCGCUGAUCUAUAUGCAGAUAGCGACUACACUCGUAACCAUCUUUUCCCUUACUGUCCACCAUAUGCAUUGAAAAUUGACUAUCGCAAGCAGUUAUACUUAAAAGAAAUAAUUGGUUACAAUGCAGACAUAAUUUGCUUGCAGGAGGUUGAUUUGAAAAUAUUUGAUUUAGACCUGAUUCCUAUUUUGGAAUCUGAUGAACUUGACUAUAAUGGUCUGAUUGCUCAGAAAGGAACUUGUGGCGAGGGUGUGGCAAUAUUUUACCGCAAGUCGCGUUUUGAGAUAUAUAAUAAAUACGAACUAAAUAUUGGAGAAGGCAUACGUAACCUUCCACAAUUCGCAGAAUUAUGGAAUAAGAUUGAAAAUAAUAAGAAGCUCGUGGACCGCUUUUGCGAUAGGUCCACCACACUCCAGGUGGUGGUGUUGAAGUGCAAGGACAAUGGUCGAUAUUUCCUAGUAGCAAAUACCCACCUUUAUUUCCAUCCAGAUGCAGAUCACAUACGUCUUUUACAAAUAGGCUGUGCAAUGAUUUACAUUAAUCAUGUAUAUCAAGAUGUCGUUAAGAAGCUUAGCUUGUCAGAAAAACGACAGUUAUCGGUGCUUUUUUGCGGCGACUUCAAUAGCGUCCCAGAAUGUGGCAUUUAUAAAUUAAUGGUAGAAGGAACAGUGGGAGAAAAUUGUGUCGACUGGAUUAGUAAUACCGAAGAGGCGGUACAAAAUAUCACUCUUUCACAACCAUUUAACAUAAAAUCCGCUUGUGGCACACCCCCUUACACCAACUACACUCAUGCUUUUGCAGCCUGUUUAGAUUAUAUAUUUUAUCAGAGUGAUUGCUUAGAGGUUCAACAGGUUGUGCCACUGCCUACAGAGGAGGAGUUGCAAUGUCAUACAGCUAUACCGUCAGUGGUUUUCCCCUCAGACCAUGUCGCACUGGUUGCCGACUUAAAAUUUAAGUCUGCUUAGUAAUGUUUUACUUCGACAGUAUUGUGUGCAAUAAAAAAAUUCUGGUGUAUAUACAA